AUGUUGGACUACGCGGGCGGCGGCGUCAUCCACAUGGUGGGGGGCUUCGCUGGCCUCGUGGGCGCCAUCGCCCUUGGCCCGCGCCUGGGUCGCUUCGCCGUUUCCGGCAAGCCCAACAUCGUGGAGCGCCGCUCGCUGCCCCUCGCCGUUCAGGGAGCCCUGUUCCUGUGGUUCGGUUGGUACGGAUUCGCGGCGGGCACCGCCACGUCAGGUGAGGACGUCAACAUGACCGUGGCGUCGCGCGCCGCCGUGGUGACCACCAUGUCAGCGGCAUCCUCCGGGCUUACGGCCCUCCUUACCGCGAGGUCGUGGACGGGUCGCUGGGACGCGUUUGAGGCGGCUGCGGGCGUUGUGGCCGGGCUGGCGGCAUCCGCGGCUGGUAGCGCUGUGGUGGAGGUGUGGGCGGGUGUGGUGUGCGGGGCUGUGGCGGGGGCGGCGGCGGUGGGCGGCAGGAUCGGCCUGCUGGCUGUGUGGGUAGAUGACCCUGUCGGCUCCAGUGUGCUACACGGACUGUCCGGCGCUUGGGGGCUGCUGUUCGUGGGGCUGCUGGCGGAUGAAGACUUCAUAGGGGAGGUGUAUGGCUCCAACAUGCGGGGAAGGGACCUGCAGGGCAUCUUCUACGGCGGCAGCGGCAAUCUUCUUGCAGCCCAG